AUUGCGGCCGUUUCGGACGAGCCUCGACGCGAGGACCCUUGCGGCACCGACGAGGGAGCGGCGACGGUGACGGUGGCGGUGGUGGAGGUGACGGCGGUGAUGGAGGACGCCGUCGAACGGGAGAAGGAACAGAGGGAGCGAUCGCCGAUGCUGCUGCGGCAGCUGGAGCAGCCGCAGAAGCAACAGCACGAGCAGGAGACUCAGGUCGAGCAGGAUGAGCCGCCACAGCGACCGCAGGAGUCGCCGCAGCGUCGAAGGGACGUACAGCAGGAGACGCAGGUAGAACAGGAGCAAGAGCAGAAGCAGCAGCAAACGCAGACACAACAGGAGCCGAAGCGGGAGGAGCCGCAGCGGAAAGAGCCCGGCCACCUGCAGCAGCAGGUACGCCAGAAGAUCGAGAAGGACCGGGAGCUGCAAUUGCAGCGGAAGUUACAGCAGGAGCAGCAGCAAUUGCAGCGUAAGCUGGAGCUGGAGGAGCAGCAGCUGCGACGCAAGUUCGAGCGGGAGGAGGGAGCGCUGCAGCGGAAGCUGGAGUGGGAGGAGCAGCAGUUGCAGCGGAAGCUGGAGAAGGAGGAGGUCGAGCUGCGGAGGAAGCUGGAGAAAGAACCGAAGGAGGAACCGAAGGAGUCGCGGCAGAAGCAAGCUAAAGAGGCGGAGAAGACGCGGCGGAGGAAGGACGAGCAGGCACCGCGAAGGCUACCGGAAGGAGGAGAGGGAGACGAGCAAGCGCAGCUGCGCGAGAAGAGGAAGGAAGGCAGAGAGACGCGACCCGUGGAAGAAGUGCGUGAAGAAUCGCCCGCGGAGCAGCGACAGACGGAAACGGCAGCGAGGCGGCGGCAGGAGGAACAGAAGCCGCAGCGGCCGAAGGAGGAGCCGCGGCUCGCGGAACAGCAGCCGGCGGCUCGGCCGCUGGCCGCCGACGGACUCUACAUCCGGCUGGUGCUCAGGCACGAGGCCCGCGCCGCUAAUCUGGUCUGGCUAUACAAAACGCAUAUAUUCUAAAUUCCGACUCGUUCGUGGCUCUCUUCGCCGUUCUCGUCAGUCUAUCGGAAGGACCUCGUGGCGCGUCUGCGACUCGACGACUCGCCCGUCGUUCUCGUGGGAGAGGAAGAGGAAACACUCUCAAUUCGAGUGUGCGUUGCUUUUACACACGAACGUCUUGAAAAAUAACACAUUUGGCUGAAGCUAUUUUUUCCACGCGUCUUUUGCGCCGAUUUAGUUUACGUCGUAUUCAAAACGUUUCGUCGUGUUGAAUUAACACGUUAAAGUACGACUCGUGUUAACACGUGCAAUCGUAUUAAAUGACGUGACUUGAAACGGCAAGACGUGUGUAAGAAGAGCUUCAGCCAAAGGAUCUGCAGUGUACCCGGGUUUGAGUGUUUUUCAUUUAUGCCCGUCUCCACCGUUUCAUCAAUUAAAUCUGACCGACGAUUAACUCAACGGGAUCGAUCACACGCACGGGGGAAACAAAUUUUGUUAGAACGGCAAAUUGUUUUUUAACACAGCGACAGCAGAUUUGUUUGGACAGCAGAAAGAUUAAGAAUAUUAAUUGCUACUUACCGGAUAUACAGACGACAAAAUAACUCGGCUGCACCAAUUAAAUUUUACUGUUGUCGCAACGACGUUUUGCUGCAACAGUAAAAUUAUCUUUUCCGUGUCAACAAAUCUUUUUGCUGUCACGAUAGUAACGAACAAUUCGUUGCUUCAGCAAAAAAUUCAUCUCCGUACAAUCGCACUAAUCAAUACAAUCCGCUAAUUGGCCGAUGCGAUUGGCCGAUCCGUCGAGUUCGAUCGUCGAUAAGAUUGAAACUGAAACGGUAGAAAGACGGACAUUAGUGACGCAAAUUAACACAAGCGUCAUCUUAUCUUUAUUACCCACUAAAUGCGGAACAGAGACAAAAUGAUGCUCGCAUCGACUCACGUUAUCAAACGAAAAGCACCCUCUCUCGAUCGAGAACGUACGUCAUCGUCGGGAUGCGGCGACACCUCGGCAGCCGAGGUCAUCUCUCGUCUUUCGGAGCGCGUUGGCGUUUACCUCGGCAUCUUCCGUCGCCGACGCGCGAGUUAGGGGCGGACGCGUGCCGGAGAACCCGAUUUCGGGUCUUCUCCCCCCUGCGACUUUCUCAAUGAUCUAUCCGGGCGUCACCGUCCCGAGUCGCGCGUCGUCGCAUUUGUAGAUGUAAAAAAAUCGUAAGAGUCAGGGGACUCCGUUUACUGUCUCUCGAUUGUCCGUAUCGUCGCUGAGCGCGAGCGUGUUAGUGUUGAAAGGCGAAAAUAUAUAUUUGUUAAACGUAAACGUGUUCGAAAAUGUAAAUGCAUGUAUCUGUGUGCAUAAGAAGCGUGUAAGAGAAAAAGAGAGAGAGAGAGAGAGAGAGAGAUGAAUCGUAGCGGUGAUGGUUGGACUGUAUGAUCGUGAUUCGGAUUUAGUUGCAAACGAGGAAGUAGCUUGAUAUGUUUGAAGACACGUGUUAUUGUUUGCUCUCUCUCUCUCUCUCUCUCUCUUUCUCUCUCGUGACGCGAUUUUCAUAACCGCUCUACCGCUGCAUUGAAAAAAAAUGGCUAUGUUCAAGUAAAUAUUUACUAAGGAGUGUCGUAGUAAUUUAUUUUAUUUACUU